AUGACAGAUGAAACGUUGCCGCCGAACCUGGAUGUACUGGCAUUUGGAACAGGGACAACUGAUCAACUAGUCAACUUUCCACUGCCCACGCUGACAUUUUCAAGCAUGGGAGUUCAAGCAAAAUCAACUGAAAAUGAUAGGAUUUGGAUGGCUGAAGAACCCAGUACUUUACUUGGACAAUCCAGUGCUCAUAGUCUACAACGUCAGGCAGUAGCAAUCCUCAAAAAGGCAGGACUUACAUCAGAAGGAAUCAAAGCGUGA